CUGCUGUUUGCGUCAUACAGGAAGAGGAAGUGAGUGAGUAUUUGAGAUUAAGGAUGGACACAGAGCUACAGAACGUAGUUUAACGCGUUUUUAUUUACAUGAAAUACAGCUAAAGGCAAUGGACGGGUUUCCCCAGCUAAUGUGAUUGUGAUCUCAAAGACAGACUGUCAUUAUUACCAAGGGUUGAAGGCCUAGAUUGGGCACGUCGUCCACAUGAUGUUGGACCACUCCGAUGUGAGUUUGACCCCAGAGGAGCGGGUACGAGCCUUGACGAAGAAGGGCAGCACAGUGGACAUGAAUGAAGCCGUGCCCGUCCGCAGAUACUUCCGCUCGGGCAUGGAGAUGAUCCGCAUGGCCCAAGUGUAUGGCGAGGAGGGUAACACAGAGCACGCCUUUGUCCUCUACAACAAAUACAUCACGCUUUUCAUUGAAAAGCUUCCUAAGCAUCCAGAAUAUAAGCUGUCUAAUAUUCCUGAGAAGAAGGAGACGUUAAGGAAGCUGAAGGAGAUGGCUUUCCCUCAAGCAGAGCUGCUGAAGAAACAUUUACUGAGAAGAUAUGAGAAAGAAUAUGCCGAGUACAUCAACAAAAAGCGUGCGGAAGCACAAGCACUGGAGCGCGAGUUGUCUCGGCAGCGAGAGCUGGAGGCGGAGCGGCAGCGUGUGGCGGACAUGCAGAGGAGGCAGCUGGAGCAGGAGCAGUUCAGCAUGUUCGAGGAGAUGAUCCGGCAGAAGGACCGUCAACAGCGUGUCCACGAGUUCAGCUCGCCAGCGUCCCCACAGGACGACACUCUGCUCAUCCCUGGGAUCCAGGGUCCACCGCUGCCCUACCUAGAGUCCCCCACUCCCCCUCAGAGUCCGCACUACCCCUCGACCAAUCACAGCACUCCGUCAGCUCCCAGCCCGGCUGCUCCCCCGACCUUUGACCGCUCACUUAAACCGGGUCACCUCAGCACCAACACUACAAUGGUUGAUGGUUUACGGCAGAUUGCUGUUCCUGCUGAGCUUUGUGGCAAAUUUCUGCGACUAGCCAAUAACAACACCAUAAGAGCAGUGGAGACCUGUGGGAUACUCUGUGGGAGACUGAAUAGGAACGCGUUCACGGUGACACAUGUGAUCGUGCCGAAACAGUGUGGCGGUCCAGAUUACUGUGACACGGAGAAUGAAGAGGAGCUGUUUCUGGUGCAGGACCAGCACAACCUCAUCACCCUGGGCUGGAUACAUACGCACCCGACUCAGACCGCCUUCCUGUCCAGUGUUGACCUGCACACCCACUGCUCAUACCAGAUGAUGCUGCCGGAGUCCAUCGCCAUCGUCUGCUCUCCCAAAUUCAACGAGACCGGCUACUUCAGACUGACAGACUAUGGCCUGGAGGAGAUCUCAACCUGCGCUCAGAAAGGCUUUCAUCCUCACCCCAAAGAGCCUCCUCUUUUUACGGGUGGCAGCCAUAUUAUAAUCACAGAAGACACUGUAUCGAUGCUUGACCUUCGAUGAUCCCUCUCUGGUGUUUACACAGCGGUACCAAGAAGCUUAUUUUUCAUAUUUUUUAACAGCUUUCACUGGUGGUGGGAUUUCUUGAAGAGACAGACACUUGCCUACAACAAGCACUUUUUGGAAACUAUGAACACACACUGACCGUCUUUUAUGACAUCCGUUGGGAGCUCAGGAACACACACCUCCACUGGACUGCAGCUCAUACAUGUUUCAGUUUGCUUUGUCCUAAUCAUCUAGUGAGCAGUAAGCUAAUGUUUUGUGGUUAUUUAAGCUCUGAUCAGACACACUAACAUAUCUCAUCUGUUGAAACCACAUUAAAGAAAAGGGGUUUUUAAACUACUGAGUAUCUUUGGGAACAGCUGAACGGGUCAGUCCUGUCAUGAAUGCAGCAAUAUCAGUAUAGUUAUGAAAUAUUUUUUAAAAACUUUGAUAACAAUAAUUAGUCCAGGAUGAUGAUGUUUAAUUCUUGCUUCUGAUUGGUUCACAGACUUUCUGAGGGGCCGUUCACACAGAACACGUCGUAGCAUUUAAAAAUGCAAGAUGCAGGGCAGUGGAAUGAAAAAAAAAAGUAAGGUCUAUUUUUAAAGUCGAACUUGAGCCAUGUUUUUAGAAUGCCAUUGUCAUGUGUGCGAUGCUACAAAACACACUGAACGCAAUUUUGCAUUUAAAAAUGCAAGACAGGUCAGUGGAAUGAAAAAAAUGUAAGGUAUUGAACUACUUUUAACUUGACAGUUGACAAAAAUGUGGCUCAUGCAUGAGACAGCAAAAGACGUUUACUUUUAACUUGAGCUGCAUUUUCAGAACGCUUUGUCGUGUGCAAGAUGCUGAAAAAGACGCGAGCGCAGCGGUCAAAGGGGUGACUCGCACUGAAUACAUUUUUGUUUAAAUAUACACCAUGUAACUUUUUUGUUUGAAAACUAGAUUCUGGUGCGCUGUCUGCGCACGUAACAAAACUGGCGCGCGUCUUUCUGUGCACACAAGUCAUGUACGUGACAAAUAGAAAGACAGUCACAGACAGCAAGUUCUCAUUUGUCUUGUGGCGCUUGAAUGGUUUAAAAGCAUUUGCAUGAAUAAGAGCGUAACGCUAGCCAAAGGAUGACAGAAAAAAACAAAUCUGCGUUAAUUGCGUUAAACAUUUUUAAUGCGUUAAACCGAAAAAAUUUAUCACAUGUGUUAACGUGCUAAUUUUGACAGCACUAAAAUGAACAGAUUUUAAUUAGUCAAUACAUUUUCAAUCCUUCUUCCAAAACGUGUUUUUGUUUUACCCUGAUUCACUAUGUUAAGCCUAAGUGUAAGUGUAUUUUAGACCUAAUGGGAUGGUUUUCGCGGGAAAUUGUGUACAUAAGUAACUCGCAUGUGGGUGUCUCGUCAUAUCCAUAAAUAGAGUAAAGUUGCUCCGGCUGCUUUAACGUGUGUCUGGUGUGGGAGUGGCAGAGGUUAGUUGUCACACUGAGCGAGAAAGAUUGACAUGGACCCGCUAAAUCUCCAACCUCGGGAGAAUCAGCCAUUUUAAACAAACGCCGAACAGAGGAGAGUCUGCUGGACAAAAAGAGAACGAGACAGAGAUAGUAAUAAAACAAGAAUCAACAUUAGCUCGGCUUUUCUGAGAUAAUGAGAACUGAGGGAUUUGAAAUGUUGUAAAAGCAAUGCGGAGAUGAUGCCAUUUUUAUUACUCAACGGAUUUUAUUGAACAGAUAAAUUGCCAUAUGUAGCUCUCUAAGAAAGUUAAUUGUAAAGCAUUAUCUAUUGUGAAAGAUCAUAUUUAUCAGCACAGUUUACACAGAGCCGAAGCACAAACAAAAUGUUCUUCUGCAAAAUGCAUGCAGUUUUGUUUUUUAACUGCCAGAGGGCCAAAAGUUACAUGGUGUACUUUGAAACAUUGAACUACUUUUAGUCUAGCGCUGCAUUUUUAUAAUAAUGUAUCACGCGCAAGAUGCUGAAAAAGACACGGGGCCUCAUUUAUAAAAUGUUGCGUAGAAACGUUCCUACGUUUGAUCUUACGAUUAUUUCUCAACUGUGCGUACGUGAGAUUCAUCGAAUGAACGUACGCACAGAAAACGUCCGUAGGCCUCUCUUUCAGAUGUGAAAUCUACAAAUCGCAAAUGAUCUUGAAUUGAUGUCAUUUACAUAUAAAAGGUCACCAGUCAUCGACCAAAUCCUUUAAUUUAGAAUGGAGAGCUACAAGAAUAGCUUAGAUUUACAAAAACCUGCAGUAAUCUGACGUGUUCUCAGACCCUGACCCUGACAUGGUGAUAAGCACUUUUCCACGUCAAAGAUUGUUUUUAUAAAUAUUGUGUUGGCGUGGGUUUAUGCGUACACAUACACUUUAUAAAUGAGGCCCCUGAUUCUCAACUAACACAUUUUUGUUUAAAAACACAAGACUCUGGCAGUAGAAUGGGGAAAAAAAAAGAUUAAAAAAAAAAAAUUUCUAUAAGUUCAACUAUUUUUAACUGGGGCGUUGUGUUUUUAGAAUGGCGUCAUUCGUGAGAAGCUGCAAACGAUGGCAUGGUCAAACGUUUGUCUUUUCACAUUUUUAUAUAGAAAAACUGUUAAUGUAGCGCAGUGGAAUUAGUUGUGUGUGAACGGCCCCUAAGGAUUUGAUUAUCUUUGUGCAAGUUUUAGAUCCAAGUUUGUUUGUUUUGCAAACUGUUUUACAGUUUCAUAUCAGGAAAUGAAGGAAGUAGUUGUUGGGGCACUACCCUGAAAUUUAUUUGCUUUUUUUGUGUAAAUCUUUGUGAUGUAAAUUGUUGCAUUGAAUUGUGAGGAAUUAGCAAAAACACGUUCUGCUUGUGUUUAAUGAAUGAGGCCUAUUAUAUAGAUGUAUUUGUGGUAAAGGUGGUAAAGGUGAUAAAGGCAGAAUGACUGAAGUUGGACCGUUUAAUUAUUAAAACAUUGCACACAUUGUGCAUUAAUUUAAUUAUUCAACAGACUGUCAUUCCUUACUGUAACUGACAAAGACGUAUGGAGGACUCAUAUCACUACUACUUACCUAUUAUUGAUGUAAUUGACUGGUAACUUUCUGUCUCAUUGUUUAUUACUUUUAUACAUGGUUUUCCCCUCUUAAAAUAUGAACUGAUGAACAAAUCAGUGAAAUGCUAAAGAAACAGUGACAGUCUCAUUUCUUUAUUAAUAUGGAAUUGGUUGCUGUUAGUACAAUGUAUAAAUAUUAAUAACAGAGACAGCAAGCUAACGUCAUCAGAAUUAAACAUGAAAACUGUUUUAAAGAUGGGAACACUGAAUCAUAAAUUAAGAUUUU